CAUGUAGCCAACAGCAGCUCUGUACGGGUGCCGUGCAGACAUGUGAGAGGCAUUUAGCAUCACGCAAGGGAAUGCUACCAUUAGUUAUGGCCAUGGUCUUUGUAAGUCACUAUUCUAUUCUUAUUAUUGUUAGUUGUGGAUAGCCUGAAUUUUUUAGUUGUCAGAUGGUGUGUGGCCGCGUAGCUACUGACCGUCAAGUCAAACACGUUCUCUGUCACGACCGUGUCCCUUUUGUCUGACGGCCAAGUUCUGUUAUGGCACAAGCUAACACUGUUUAGCCGUUGUGGUAUGCGCAUUUAACCUAGUUAUUAAGCAUAGCUUUUCAAUUUUGGACAAUGUUCAACCAGGGUUGAGAAGAAUGAAUCGGAAUCUGCUGUAGUCUGGACACACAAAAGUUAAACGAGGUCAAAACAAGUUUCUCGUAAAACGGAGGAGUUAGAAGUAGCCUACUUUCGAAUCUGUCCUGACUGUAACAUUUCUCAAAUUUUAUUACUCUUUCAAGGAAUGUUGUUGUGUCACCUUUGCCCUCGCAGUGAGGAGGGGGGUGGACGCGGCACACUCAUGUUUAGGAAUGCUUGGGAAAUUUGUGACAGCGCUUGCCCACUCCCACCCCCUGUGUCCGACCACAGACGAGCUGCAGUCUCAGGCCAAGCUGGUCGCUUAAUAGGUGGCAGCACAGCGACAUGGUCUGUGGAGGGACGGAGGCAUGCAAGUCGGAAGCAACAGCGAUCUCCGCCGCUUCAUCCUGCGGCUCUGCCUCCUUGUCUUGCCACUUUUCCUGGUCCUGCAACUGCUGGUCGGACUGAAGGUGCCGAGUGCUCGCCGAGUCGGUUCCUCAGAAGAAUUUGGCUUUACCAUCAUUAGCAUCGCUAGUGGUCGUGGUGCCAUCUCGCCGGACAAGAGUUUCCAGGCAAGGGCCGCUGAGAGUGGGGGGCCGGAGUUGUGGGACGAGGAGGUGGGGCCAAGGACGGUCUCUGGCCCGAACGGGUAUGAGGAUGAAAACGAAAUGACCGCACGGCAGGGGCGUGCUGGCCGGCAGGUGGAGCUACAGCCUUGGGCGGCUGGGCAGCCAUCAUUCACAGCAGAAGUGGAGCGAUUCAUCUCUUAUAUCACCACCCCGCAGGCGCACUGCACGCAGACGCUUGUUCCAGGUGACCCCCAGGGCGAGCGGACUUCAGAAGGCCUGUGGACUCUGUGUGUGGAGGGCUGGAAUCUGCCAGCAGCAAAGCUGCAAUCAUGUGUUGCUUACUCCUUCAGUUUGGGACAAAAGGACGAGGCGUUUGUGAAGAGGAUGUUGUGGGCAGGGUGUGAGGUGCACCAGUUUGACCCAGGCAGGAGGCAGCUGCCUGCUCCCGGCCCGGUCCACCGCCACCACACCUGGCUGGAUUGGCGCAGCCCUCGUGACAGCCAGCAUGCAGCGCUCAGGGACGCCACGCCCAGAAAGCUUAGCGCCAUCAUGGAUGCACUGGGACAUGGCAAGGUCCAGUUCAUCAAUGCAGACCUGGAGAGUGCAGAAUGGAAAGUUCUGGAGAGCUGGGUCAUGGACGGCACCCUGGGUCGGAUCCAGCAGCUGGUUCUGACAGUACACCUGCAAUGGGCCGGUUUUGAGGUCGGAGGCAAUAAUGCAGAGGUGAUAAGGUUCUGGUACAGCGUGAUUCAGGCACUGCACAUGGCCGGGUUCCGCCUGCUGCACAGCUUCCAAGGACCGGGUCAGACCAUACUGGGGCAUACUCUGCCAGACAUGCACAGCACCUACACUCUAAGUUGGGUCAACACCAGGGCACACCACUAAGUCUUACUUUCUCCAAAAAAAUUAUUAAACAUCUUCAGGGAUCCAUACACGAAAUGCAACCGUGACAAGUUUUUGCCAGUGUUUUGUUGCAGCUCUGAAUUUCGUGAGCUUUCUCCUGUUAUGUCGCGGUUGUCGCAUCCCAGAACUGAACAUCAUGUACUGCAGAUUAAGUACCAGAGCCUAGCAGGUGCUACUGCCUCUAGUGCCAGUGGGCGGUAUUGUCGUUACUUUGUCCUGCCCCACGUCCUAAGGGAGUGGAAUGUUUGAGACAUCGGAAUGUUUUGACCUCAUGUGGGAUCUGUGGCCGAUGAAGUGGAGACCGAGUUUUCAUACACGAGGAACUUUUUCGUGUCUAAUUUAAAAUGGUGUCAAAUAAUCGGUGGCGGUUUUUGAGCUGAAAAUUUGGUGGGGCAGACAACUUUCCUUUAAACUGAUCGUUGGUCUCGAACUGUUUUGAUUAAUCACUGUAUUGAUAAUAAAGAAAAAUGACAGAACAGGUUGAAAUCAAUAAUCAGUUUAAGGGGAAGUUUUCUGCCCCACCAAUUUUAAACUCACCACCGACCACUGCAAAUAAUCUCUUGGAAGUUUGAAUUGUUCCAAAUGUGUUUCUGAUUUGUGUACAUUUUGUAAAUGUGUGCCGUUUGUGAUGCCUAAAUAAAAAUCUGCCUUGGAAGGUUCGCAAAAAUGAAUGGCGAACUAA